UCUCUACACGACCGUCAAAGUGUUAGCAGUAUUUAUAGAGAUUCAUUUAUUGAUCAGACUUAUUACAUUUACUAUAGACUGCAAUCAGAUAAAAACAUCGCAGAGGAUAGCAUGGGAGAUCCGCCGGGUUUCUCUGUAAUGGCAGCGAUGUGUCGAGGACGGGGUAUCGGAUAUAAGAACAAACUCUCCUGGUGGCAGUAUCCUCUCAAAGGAGACUACGAUUAUUAUAUGGAUUGGACGUCAAGAGUGACGUCACCAGAUAAAUAUUGUGUAAAUAUUAUGGGAAGAAAAACUUGGGAAACCACAGGUGAAGAAGAAAGGAAUCGAAAACAUGUGUUCAAUAUUGUAAUAAGCAGGGAUACUGGAAAAACAUUGAAGAAAGACCCGCAUGUCCAUAAAAUUAUCAGCUCGUUUGACGAUGCAGUCAGGUUCAGCCUUAGUACAGAAAACCGAGAACAAUUUGAGAGUGUCUGGAUAUUAGGAGGCGAGAAGGUGUAUGAGGAGGCGGUCCAGCAUCCUCUGUGUAGACGUAUAUUUCUAACCGAGAUAAUGGAGCACUUUCAGUCAGAUACCUUCUUUCCCCAGUUUGAGGAAGAAAAAUUUGAAAAAACAAGCGAAUCAGAUGUUCACGAAGAAAAUGGAAUAAGAUAUGUGUUUAAAGUUUAUAGCAGGAAGUCUGAAUAAACCGAUAGAAAAUU